CCAGAGGCGGAACUUCCGGCGUAGCGUGGACGCGGCCAGAAGGCUGCUGGUAAGAGUUGCGGUGUAGGCAGAUGUCGGCGCUGCGGCACGUCGUGUGCGCCCUGUCUGGCGGCGUGGACAGCGCGGUGGCUGCGCUGCUGCUGCGGCGGAGAGGCUACCAGGUGACAGGGGUGUUUAUGAAGAACUGGGACUCACUGGAUGAGCACGGUGUUUGUGCUGCCGACAAGGACUGUGAAGAUGCGUAUAAAGUUUGUCAGCUCUUAGACAUCCCUUUCCACCAGGUGUCCUAUGUGAAGGAGUACUGGAACGACGUGUUCAGUGACUUUUUGAAUGAGUAUGAGAAGGGAAGGACUCCCAACCCUGACAUCAUGUGCAAUAAACACGUCAAGUUCAGUUGCUUUUAUCAUUACGCCGUGGACAAUCUCGGAGCAGAUGCCGUCGCCACUGGCCACUACGCGAGGACCUCCCUGGAAGAUGAGGAAGUCUUUGAGCAGAAGCACACUAAGAGACCAGAUGGGCUGUUCAGAAAUCGAUUUGAAGUCAGAAAUCCCGUAAAACUUCUCCAAGCAGCUGACAGCUUUAAAGACCAGACCUUCUUUCUCAGCCAGGUUUCCCAGGAUGCCCUGAGAAGAACCAUCUUCCCCCUGGGGGAAUUAACAAAAGAUUUUGUAAAGAAAAUAGCUGCAGAGAAUAGACUCCAUCAUGUGCUUCAGAAGAAAGAGAGCAUGGGCAUCUGCUUCAUUGGUAAAAGAAACUUUGAGCACUUCAUCCUUCAGUAUUUGCAGCCUCGGCCUGGAAAGUUUAUUUCUAUCGAGGAUAAUAAAGUUCUGGGAACGCAUAAAGGUUGGUUCCUGUAUACUUUGGGACAGAGAGCUAAGAUCAGCGGCUUGAAAGAGCCCUGGUACGUGGUGGAGAAGGAUGGUGUCAAGGGUGACGUGCUUGUGGCUCCCCAGGUAGACCACCCAGCUCUGUACAGGGACCUGCUCAGGACCAACCGUGUACACUGGAUUGCCGAGGAACCACCCGCUGCCUUGGUCAGAGACAAGAUGAUGGAGUGCCAUUUCCGAUUCCGCCACCAGAUGGCACUAGUGCCCUGUGUGCUGACACUCAACCAGGAUGGCACUGUCUGGGUGACAGCUGUGAAGGCUGUGCGGGGCCUUGCCCUGGGACAGUUCGCUGUCUUCUACAAGAGUGGUGAGUGUCUUGGCAGUGGGAAAAUCCUACGGCUAGGGCCGUCUGCCUACACACUCCAGAAGGGCAAGAACAGAACCAGAGUGACUCCCGAGGUCUCCAGUGACAGCCCAGGCCUGCACCCCACACCCUGACAAAGGCCAUGCCGCCGGGAGGAAGCAUUAGAGCAGGCUGGGGCAGGUUGGUCAGUGAUGGGCUUGGUACUGCCAGAAUCAGUGGGUUGGCUGCAGAGCCAGGGCAGCCUGGGGAAGGAGCGUCUGCGCUGGUGCUCCGGUACACCAGAAGCGUUUGCUGGCCGGUGGGUCUGCCUCAAGGGCCCUGAAGGAGCUGCUCUUCCACAGUGCAGUGCACGGAGGCUGCGCAGGAACGGCAUUAAAUAAAACUGUCAAAUAGUCUGACCACUGUGGCUGUGCUCCUUCCCCUGAGCCUCCAUGUGGCGUAGCAGGCGUGGGGAGAGCGGUAGCCCUGUUCCCUGCUCCCAGGGCCUGAGCUCUCUCUAAAAGGAAGGCAGAGUUUGCUGAGUUAGGCCUCUCCUUGUCUGGAAGUCUGGUAUGUGUGAGACAACCCUUUACUUGGCAGUGUCCACACCAAGUAGAAGCAGUGUUUUCCUGUCAGCUUGGCAUGGGGUUGAAGUGGACACAUGUCACUCUAGAAGUACUCAAGCACGUGUGAAGAAAAACAUUGGAAGCUGACCUUCAGUGGGGAGGUGUGCAUGGCUACAGGCCUGGGCUGGCUCUCUGUUCAGCAACACCAGGUGGAGACCCUGGGGUAGGGGACCCAUGGGCCAAAGGGAAAGAGUACCCACCACUUCUCUGCUCCCGGUUUUCCCCACAGGUAGCACCACUGGGCAGAUGUGUGAGACAAUACAGGGGGCUAAAGGUUUGGGAAACUCACCUUUUUGGACAGGAACCAAGAUAAAGGCCCUGAGAGAUGAGGGCUGGAUACAGCACUGCCAGGAAAUGGUGACCGGGGCCUCAUCAGGUUGCUGCUAAGUUAGGAUGAGGGUUUAAACAAGGCCCAGGCUCAAAAGAACUCAAGAUGCCACUGGGGCUCUCAAAGCCAAAAGAAAGAUGAUGGGUGGAACCCUAAGAUGUGUGCAGCACCAGAGAGAUGUGUGUGGAACACCAAUCCACUGAGCCUCAGAGAUGAAGGUGCAUGCAUAGGUGAGGGACCAGAUUGUAAAACUGAAAACCAUAGUGGGAAUGUAAGAUGCUCACCAGAUGAGCUCAGUAGCAGUGUAGCUUACAGGGCAGAAUGGGUGAGCAUCAUGACUAUCUGAGUGUCAGAUCUGCAGAACAAGAGGUUGGGGACCGGUGGGACAGCAGAGCAGCACCAAAGGGUCUAAUGUGUCACUACAGUGUCAGGAGGAGGAGGAUGCUGAAGACAAAACUGAAAGGAUAGUGAAGAAGUCCCGGCAUUUGCAGCAGGAUGGCUCAGUGGUUAGAAGUGCUUGCUGUGCAGUCAUGAGGACCAGUGCUUGGACUCAACACCCACGCAAGUUGUGUGGCCACAAACUUCAGGUUCAGGGAGACCCUGCCUCACUGGUGGCACGUGACAGAGACAAUGGGUGCCCUUUUCUGGUCUCUGUACACACUUUUUUUUAAAACGUCCCCUGGUUGGGAAGACGACAGCACAGUGGUUAAGAGUACUGGCAGAGACAUCCAUACAGACAGAUUAAAUCUUUCUAAAUCCUUAAAUCUCAAAUUUGAUACAGACAGACUGAAGAAUUGGAAAACUUGGGCAAGUUCAUCCAUGUCAUGGCAGGCCUGCACAUGGACAGAAAACUAUAACAGUACUGUGUAGCCCUGACUUCUACCGCAUCCCACUAGAGGUUGCCUUCAGUAGUUCUCCCUGCCACCUAAGGGAGCAGGGUCCGUGGGGACAGGAAACACCCAGCAUGCAUGGGUACAAAUCCAAAAAUUUUAAUUUAUUAGAGAUGUGUCUCACCUGUGUUGUCAUCCAGUGCUGAACAGUAAUAAAUACACCUGUUAAAAACC